AGCCGUAUUGCGGCGCGAUCGCAUUUUCACCGAAAGAGGGAUACAAAUUAUGGUCACUCUACUACACUAUCGCAGCCGCUUUCGCGGUGUGAGUUAUUUUUCCUUUCAUUUGGCAAGCCAAAUAAACGAGAGUGCAGUUCUCGGUGUUGGACCGAGGCGAAGAUGCGUAGCCAGUUUUCACCGAGCCGCGAUCGCGAUCGCUUUGAACAGUUUUCCGCUGCUGUUCUAGUUUUUAAUUUUCCGCUGCGAAAUUACCAUAACCGGUUGGACUCUCCAUCUUCUCUGCUCUGUGUGCAACUUAGAACCUGAGUUGCUUGAUUUGCAUUUGAUCUUUUGAUCGCAUGUACGAUCGUCGGCAAUGAAGUAGAAUUUUUGAGUUCGUUUUGUGAUAAUAAAAAUUGAUAUCCCAUUUUUUCGAAAAAAAAAGUGAACUUUUACGAACAAAAGCGACGACCUCGAUCGGAAAAGUCAGUGUGAAAAGUGAAACCGAAAAUUCAAAAGUGUGAGAAUAUUUUCAGAAGAAAACAUCAGUCAUAGAGGGUGGAGAGAAGGAUUGCAGAAAUCCCAUAUAGACGGAGCGAAAACAAAAAAAAAACGACGAAGAAUCGAAGAAAGUGGAAAUAUUGACGAAAUCCGAGCGGCAGACCAUCCAGCUAGUAGAAGAAUGCGUGUUUACAGCACAUGCUACUGUUUCCCUGGAAUCGAAGUGCUAUCAAUCGAUCAGUGAGUGAGAUGUAGUGGAAACAGAUAUACCGCCGAACUGCUAGAAAAUGUGAAACGUGAUCGUAGAUCCAAGUGUGCUUCGAAAGCAAAGGAAAACCCGACCAAGUGAUCAAUCGAAAUCCAGUGCCUACUAAGCUUUUUGAAUUGCGUGCAUGAUCUUCGCGCCAACUAUGGAGAAAGAAAAGGAAAAAGUGAAAGCCCAUCGCAAGCGAUCGUCGGAGUGCAAGCGGGAAAAUCUCCCCACUCCCCCUCCCGAUCCAACGUUGGGACUGUGUCCCGGUUCUACAGCAAUGCUUUCGCCUACCGGUGGGGAAAAUCCCUCGGAACCGCCGACCGCGGACAGCAGUUUGGAGACCGAUCCCUUCAAACGACUCUUCACGUACAACGAGCGCGAAAGUAUGUUUCUGAAGCUUCUAUGUGAUAGUGAUACCAGUUCUAGUCUAAACAGGAUACUACACUCUCCGGUGGGUAGUAGUGGUGGGGAAGGGGACUCCAGCGCUCCAGGAUCUUCAGCGCCGCCGCAGCCGAUCAAGAUCGAGGGUUCCGAGGCGGCCUUCGACUCGCCCAACGAAUUUCUCAUGCUUCUGAACCGGACGGGGCCUUCGGUUGCGGCGGCCCUUUCAACGAAGGGAGCUCUUGAUCAACUCGAUCGGUUGCACGAUCUCAUCAAGCAGCUGCUCACACUCCAGGAGCAGAACAUGCGCAUGCACUGGCAGUUGAAGAACGUGGAGAUGAUCCGCAAGCUGAAGCUGAUGCAGAGCUCGAUGAAUAGAGAUCCGGAAGCGUUUUUGGCCGGUGGCCAGCAGCAGCAGCAGGAGGAUAACUCCGACAACGAUCUGCUGGAUAGUGAAAUCGAACACAAUUUGGCACUGCUGGAAACGAUCCUAGCGGCGGGGAACAGUGCCAGCAGCAAACGGAGCAGUUCGAAAAGGGAACGCAGCAAAUCCGUAAUCAACGAUGAGAUCUCCGGAUUCUACCAGAGCAUGGGCAUGAUCAGCGGCGGCAGUGGCAGCGGCAGCAAGGAAAGUGGCCGCAACUAUCCGCUCCGGCGGCAGAGUGCCAUUUCGGACUUCAAACCGAAGGUGUCUAAGUGGACCAAGGUGAAGGCCGCCUUCAAGUGGGAGAAGACCAGCGCUCUGCCGGCAGCGAGCGAAAUCAAAACUUCGGAAGCGAUGAUGGUUCCGGUUAACAACGAAGUGGCACGAUACCUCCGGGUACCGUCGGUGCCAUGCGUGGGAAGUUCCGGCGAUUCGGUGUUCAGCUCAUCGUCCGGGAUUGUCGUCAGUGGCGGUUCCGGGCCGGGAACACCCGGCGAGAACAGUUUGGCCAGUUCCGCCGAGGAUCUCACCGAUAUGGUCGAUGAGAGCCGAGGGGCACGAACAGCAAAACGUGACUCGGUGAAGAGCACGGAUCGUCCCCGCGUCUACGACGAGGAAGCUCGACGGAGUAAAUCCCUGGACGGAGAUGCCAUUCUGGACCCAAUCCGACAAAUGGACAAGAACAAAAACAAGUCAGCGUGGAGUAAGGUGAAGGGCAUCGUCAAGAACCACCGGGGAUCGCUGAAGUCGAACGGAUCCCAACGGCGGAGUGCCAAGUCGUCCAACAGCGUUGGCUGCAGCCGUGAAGCCAGUCCCUGUGAGUCCAUGGAACCCUGCGAACUUCAACGGGAACGAUCGGAUUCAUUCUCCUCGAACCAAACCUCGCCAAGUCACAGGAAUAAUACUCCCACUUUGCUGGCGCUUCCCUCCGGAGACAACAACAGCUGUCCAAACUCGCCGUGUGGUUCGCUUCCGGCUACAUUCUCCAGUGACGACAACGAAUGGAAACCGUCGGAGUACAAGUUGGGUCGAAGUGGCAGCGGCGACAGAGGAAUCCCACCUGUUAAAGAUACCGGAGGAAGUCGAGGCUCCCGCAAAAGCAAACACAUACCUGAGAUUGAAUCUGUACCUGAGGGAGUUCCGAUCGAUACUACGCCUGUCACGCGUAUCCGGAAGUCUCCUCCGAAGCCUCUGAGUCUACGGCAGGAAGCGCUGGAUGUGGAGACAUACGGCGAUCAUUCAUUGUCGUCACCGGGAUCUCAGAAGGACAACUCCAAGUCCUCGCCCAAGCGGAAAAGCUACGGAGGUGACGAAACGUCAGCUCCUGAAAGUCCCUGUAAGCCGUACGAGUUCUUCGGAGGCGAGAUGGAGGAUUUCUCGAGCGAAGAGGUCUCCGACCAGAACACUCCUCACCGGCGAGCAUCUCCCAAGACGAAGAACCUUCUACGUCAGAGAGAGGACAUCGAACGCCGCUACAUGGAGCUGCAGAAGAAGCUUCAGCGUGAGUUCGACGCCAAGCAACAGGAAUGGGAACGGCUGCGACCGGCGGCGCUUCUGCUAACUAACAGCCCAAUAAACCAGUUUCUGAAGGACGACGCUCCGGCCAGUCCCAAGCGAGAUCAGCCGUCGCAGUUCGUGGUGGAGGAGAAUCUUUCGCCGGACUUCAAGAAGAAGUUGGAUGAGUGGCGAAUCAAGCAUCAGCCACAAUCGAAGAAAGACCAAUCGCAACCGGGGUCGUCGAAAGAUUCUCCUACGGACGGUAAGAAGAAGCCCAUAACCGAUUGGCAGCUUUGGAAGACGGGACAGGUCAAGCUAGAAGGACAGGGACUUACGCAGCUGCCGAAUGCGAAGGAUCUACCGGAAGAUUUCCAGAAGAAACUAUCUGAAUGGAAACAGAUGAAGGCAGCGAACAAAGUUCCACCCUAUAGCACCCAGUGUUCGUCAGCGAGUGAAACGUCGAUGAAGCGACAGCAGAGCAAGAAGCCACAAGGACCUGCAGCGCACGAUGCACACAAAGGCGAAGCCCACAAGGCGGGCGAAGGAUUGUCGAAGCUGAAGGCGUUGGUCAGCACGGAUCCACCGAAGAAGGAGCUGGUAGUUCAAACGACAAAAGGAUUCAUCAAGUUCGAGGGCAUUUCGAGGAAGUUUACGCGGCGGUUGUUCGAGUGGGAGAAGGCAAAGGGAAUCGGUCCGGAGGCAUCCACGAUUGCGCUGUUGCAUCCCGGGUACGCUCCAGUGGUCGUCGAGAACGCUGGCGAUGUUUUCGAAGCGAAACGAGAAAAAUCACCCGGUCUCGUUCGGUCACUGUCGAUGGACAGCAUUUCGCCGAACCCUUCGGCACCGUCGAUCUCGCACCAACCGUCCAGCCUGUCGCUGAACGAUGCCGAUGAGUUGAAGGAGAGCAAAGAGAAGGACACCAUUUCCAAUCGACGAGUGUCCUCCAAUCCAGAACUGGAGCUCUCAGCAGAACGGGACGAACCACGAGCGGUGCUGGUUGAAGUCGAGGAUGAUAUCCACGAAGUGGCGAAUCCGUUGACGACUGGCCCGAAAACGGCUCCAUCCGGUGGUCAGAGUAAAGCUGAACCUGACCGCAUUUCACGGCCUUCGAGCAACAGCAGCACGCUCCUGAAAGAUUCCACUAAACUGUUGAUUCGCCUGAGUGAACAGGACUCCGUCGAUCGGGACGAAGUUCGCCGGUUGAAGAUUGUCCUGCGCGCGCUGAUAGCGACCCUGCCGGAGUUCGUAGAAACCGGUUCCCGUGACAGUAUUGCAUUUUUCGCCUACAUGAAGGAUCUCGCCCAAGACACGCUACGGCAUUUGUUCCGCUUCGAGGACGGCUCGCUGAAAGGCUCUGCGGAGAUUCUGGAAAACGUCCAGUCGAUCAACGGGCAGGUGGCCGACCUUAAGAAAUCGCUCCAUUCCUACAUGAAGUACGCUACGGCAGCGGUGCGAAACGAGGAAGACAUCCCGAAGAUAAGUAUUACGCCGGCCAUGGGAGCGCAGGCUACCAGUUCCAUACAGAAGUCGUACGACAGUCUGCGGAGCAUGGCCACCAUCAACGUUACGCCGACAUUCGUGUGCAACGCAGUCAGGGUCAACACCCCUCAGGUAAGGCAUUUCCCGAUGAGCUCGGAAUCGGAUCCAGUUCCGCCAACGUCGUCUCAUUCUCCGGAUUCAUCCACGCACAUCGGCGGAAAUCCCGUUGACGAGAGGGACAGCAAAAAGGUAGCACGUAACCUCAGCAAUGGAUCGCGGAAGAAAACCCGAAUCAAACGGAUGGGCUCCCGGCAGAACAGCAAAACGGAAAGCGAUAGCGACGACAGUCCACCGAACUACGUGUUGGAAGUACCUCGCAAAACGAAACGCAAGACAAGCCGAGCCAAGAAGCCUUCAGACUCAUCGGAAAAGCUAGCGACCGUGGCGCCUCCCCAACCUGAAGACGUGGUCUACGUUCUGAAAAUUAAGCCUGGACAAAAGACGGAGCAACCGGAGCGACCUGUUCUGCCGUCGACAUCCGUGAGCGUCACGGAAGAAGUCCUCAUAUCGCCAACCGAAACCUGUGUCGAACUGCUGGAGAAUCAAGGCAGCUCAACCUCCAUCAACAAUUGCACGGCAAACAUUCUGGUCAAGACGAAGCGAAGGAUCUUCACGACCGUUGAAGGAGAACCAUCGGCGAACAACAACGCUUCAGUCGUUGUUAGCCGCGACGUUGAAUCAUCCAGCCCCUCUGAUCGCAACGAUCAGCAGGAACAGCUGAAAACCGAUCAAAAGAUCAUCACCAAUCUGCCGCCGCUUCCGCAAUCCCCCAGCACCCAGCGGCGGAUGGACAAAAACGCCCCAACCAAGGAGCUUUCGCCCAACAUUCGGCUGAUGAUCGCCAAGUACAACCAGCGACUAUCGUCGGAACGCAGCGGCAACUCACCGCACAGUUCCGGUUCCUGCUCACCCGUAGCGUGGCGAUCGCCGGUUUUGGAUCGGCGCGUCAAGAAACAAACGGAAAAGUAUCAGGAAACUAUCCAGCUGUCCAAGUCGGCCAGUGCGGGUAGCCUACGAAAGUCUUUGAAACAGCUGGAGGCAGCACAGCAGUCGCGGCAAAAUCAGGACGGUGGAGAAGAAGACGAAUGCGUUGUGGAUGCGUCGGUUAAGGUAAUGAAGUCAUCGAGCGCGGGUAUGAUCGAAAAGAGCGCUGCGGUAGAGGACGACGGAGACCACAGCGAUUCACCGAAGAUAUCGUUCUUGGCGUACGAUAGCUUGCGACGCAAGGAUACGUUGUCGCGCAUCGAGAGGAAAGAGCUGGACGAUAGCGGAUCGGGUUCAGGUCGGACGGAUACGCUGAGGAAGCAGCGAUUGUACAAGAAGCGAACGGAAUCUCCUCAAGGUGCGAGCAAGGGAGCUGUCAGGAAGGUUCCCAGAGAGAAGUACACAAGAUGUCGCUCCGUGCCGGGCGAGGAGAUAGUGAGUGAGCGUGGUCAGGAGGAGAGGUUCAAGAGGGUUGAUGGCAAACCACCGAGUCCUCGGUUGACGGCACGAAAGAAGAUUGUUGAUCAGGAUUCACCUCGAUCGGCGCCUACAACGCCGCUCGAAGAGGAUAAGGGAUUGAUACCAAUGAGUCAGCGGGCUUUGAAGCUGAAGAAGGCGAAGGAGGAGUUCCUACAGAGUUCAUCAGCGGCUCGAGUAGAUCAACGGCAACAGGUGUGGAACAAUCGGAUAAGCCAAAUCAGCAUGACCAGUGCGACAAGCGGCGAUGAGAGUGCACUGCUGAUGAAAAGUGCCAGUGCAGGGGUGAUCGAUAGCCGAUCGGCAGAAGGAGAAGACAGCCAGCAGGAGAGUAUGUACGAGUCACUGCCACCGAGCAUAUUGACUGCGUCUGGGGUUACGGGCGAUGACGAAGCAUCAUCGAGAAAUACAAGUGUUCAAAGCAGUCGGUUCGGGUUGUCCAAUUUGGCGUCGAAAUUGAGGAAGGUGAAGUUGAGGAGAAGUAGUAAGGAUCUCAGCAAAAUGCAAACCAUCUCGACGCUGUGCCGGCAGAGCUUGAUGGUGGAUAUUAGUGGAGAAGCGAUCAAGAUGGGUAGUGCACAAAACCUCGGACACAGUUCGAGCGAUGGCGGAGGAGAGUCCCUGAAGAAGUCAGGGAGUGUACAAGCGAUAUGCAAUCGAUUUCGCAAGAGCAACGAACGAAGUGAUGAACUCAAAAAGAGUAGAAGCUUAGGAUUCUUAGAACCGGAUCGCAAAGGAUCCCAGUGAGCAAGUGCUGAAAUGCUUAAAACCAUGUCUACAGUAUAGUAUUACAACAGCGAAGGAGCUAUCUCAACCCUUAGGUAAGUAAUGUUUGAUGUAAAUGUACCAAGUACAACCUGUUACAAGGAGUAAAUAGUGCAGAAGAAGUGUAAUUUUCAACCGUGCCAAAGAUUCGCAAGAUGCUGUACACAUCUGCCGUCGUAGUUUCGUAGAUCUGAAUAAAGUCAGACAGACAGUUUCGA